UAGCUGGUUCAUCGACCCUCUGUUUAAAUAGACCUGUUGGACUUUCUCCUCCUCCAGUAGCUGCUCACACACCAAACCUUAACAUUUGUGCUGUUAGGAGCAAAGACAGCACGGCAUUCCCAUUGAUCAUGCACCCAGCUUUCUUCUCGCUCAUCCUGAUUGCCGUACAUGUGUGUGUACCGGUGGAUUGUGCACCGAGGCUCCGGGACCCAGAGCAACUUUUACAACAUCAGCAGAGCAGCUUCAACACGGAGGCACAUGUGGAAACAUCUGCUGGGACGGGACGUUUCUACUUGGAACUGAGUGGAUCAAUGAGCAAAGGCAGUCACAGACACUUUAUGGUUAUCUUGCCAGUAAGAAAAAAUUCAGGCAACUUUGUGUCUAUAUUUGACUUGAGAAGAAAACGCUUCCUCUGCAUGGACUCAAACGGAGAGCUGUACAACUCUAAGCAAAAAAACAGAGAAGACUGUCUCUUCCAGCGCAUUUGGUUAGAUGUGGUGAACCACCGUGAUGUGUUUUAUUCUACAAGUGGGGGCCGGCUGCUCAAACUGGAGGGAGCUGAGCUGCGAGUUGCUCACCAGGAGCCGCCUGAACCCGCCUCAGCCCUGGUGAAGAGGCUCCUGGGUCCCUUGGUGAAGAGACAGAGGAGGAGCGAGGAGGUGAACCCCUCGGAUCCAUUACAAUCACAGUCACAUCCCUCACAUCCUGCCACGGAUCACAAGGACGCAGAUCAUGGGCAGCCUGAGCAGGACCAGGCCGGUGCUGUGUCCAAAGAGACCAUCACCUCCUGUGACGACCCCCUGCGGGUCUUACAGUCCAACGGACCUGUCAGUCCUGUCAAGACUAAUAUUGCAGACCGGGCAGAACAAGACUAAGAUACUCAACUUGGGUUUAAUGAGUGAAAUGUCAAAGAAGGGCUGCAGGUCUUCAUGUUUGUUCUGAAAUCUCACUUCAUGUUUGACUGCUUGGUCAGAGUAGAUACUGCGUUUGUGGACUGCAGUGUGAGUGAGAGCCACACAAUGACAUACAAGGGUUGUUUCUUACACAUGAAAGCAUUCGAGAUUUUACAACUUCAGAGAAAAGAGACCGCAUUUUAUAAAAACUUUCAAUCAAAAUGUUCAGAAUUUGUUUUUACAGUACCAUUACUCUCGGUAAUGUACUCACAAACCGUGUUACAUCACAGCAGCUUGUACAGACCCUCUGUUUGAACAGCAGACGAAGGAUAAGUUUGGCAACAUUCUACAUAAUCAUGCAGCAAGUUUGGUCCAGCGUCGGUCCUGCUGUCCUUUAACCUCUAUUGUCAGUUAAAUUUUAAACCUCGGGCCAGAUGUGGCAAUGUUUGUUUUGCAUAUGUAAAGGUGUCUAAUCUGUAAGUAAUUAUGAAUAUUUAUACAUACAUGUGUUGAUACAGUAAAGCUUCAUGACAGGAGUUUACAAACUUAACAAAAAUAGACCAGCGCAUAAUGAAAACAAAACAAAAAAAAUCAUCUGCUGUUUGUUUGUAGCCAUAACAUAGAUAUAAAGAGGAUCAAAUAAUGUCAGGUGCCGGACACCAGUAGUCACAGCGAUGAAAAGGUAUUUAUUUAUUGAAAUGUGUUAAAUGACUUCCUUCUUAGCCUUCUGUUAUAUUAUUUAUAUAUUUCAAGUUGUGUUGUUUCUAAUGUGGAAAAAUAAAUGAUGACUAUUCUGUGGAUCGUCUGUCUGAUUUGUCUGUACAACACUGGGAAUAAAUGAUGCUUUCCUCUCCUCGUAGUUUCACAUUUUCAUUAGGGUGCCUUACCAAAGUUACGGCUACCAACGAGUCACUUAAGAAUUACUUUAACAUUUAAAAUGUCCCUGGCCACAGACAUUAUGGUCACUGCACACAGCCUGCUAGAACAACAGAUAAUUGCCGCUCAGUCUUUAGCUCACCAUCCAAUUAUUUCCCAAAGAAAGGCCACAAAAGUCACAUUGUUAUUAUCCACACAGCCAAUUAGUUAUGUAACUGGCAAAUAUUAGAUCUGGACAAAUAAUGUCUAAAUCAACGCCAUGCUUGGCUACUCAACAUUAAUCAACAUCUUCUGUGACCGAAGCCUCAAGAGGGGUCAGGUAAAAUUGACCAUUUUAGGGAAAUAUGAAAAAUCACUAGGAGUUCUUAAGGUUUUGGUGACUGAAGGCCAUUUUAGUGAGCCGGACAUUGGCUUUUGCUGUGGUACACUGACACCACUUGCCGAAAUCACACGCAGACCUGCAGUACACCACAGUAGUACAACCAGUUUAUUUAUGUGGGGGGGACACAUCCUAUUAAUACUAAUAGGCAUAAUAAUCCUGAUCCUAAUAAUACUGCCUCGGUCCAAAUGAAAUGCAUGUCAAAUAUUGUAGAUAAUGAUACAAAUGAAGAUGCAUACUUACUGAAACGAUAUAUUCUAGGCUAGAACAUGUUUGUAAAUCAAAAUGUAAAGUUCAAGGGUGUAUAUAAUGCAAAUAUGAACAGAUGAGAACCAGCACAGAUUGAAUAUCGGGGGGGGGUUUUUUAGGGAGUUUCGGCUGAAAAGGAUCUUUUAUCACUAUUGGCAAGUUUCCACAAAUCCCACUAUGAUACAGAAACAUUAACAGCUACAUCUCCUAAUUUAAAAAAUAGACUAACCUGGUCAAGUCUGACAGUUUUCCUACAUUAUAAAGUGUUUUUUUUUUCAGUUACAGAAUCAGAGUAACAACAGCAAUAGAAACUGCACAAUGUUUUUUCAUACAAUCCAGCUCAGCAGUCAGCACAUGAUUUUGUUUUACACUGAGAGAGGAAUGAAAAGUAGAGAAACAGUGCAUCUGUACUUCAGUAACACACAACAUGCAUGCACUCUUUCUUGAAUGCAUCUGCCCUUGUUGACCAAAGCGUUAAUUCCCAACAAUGACAAAGUCACUGAUUUCCAAAAAAGUCAACACUGUUGCAGUCCUGCUCCGUGUUCCUGCAAAGGAUCUCUGAACUUCCGGAGAAUAAAUAUAGA